CAGCUUUUGAUUGCCGGCUAUGCUGAAGGGCUGUGUUCAUUUGUUAGGCCUGAGUGGAAGUAAACAGAGAGAGUCCAGAAGGAAAAGAGAACCGGAAGGAGCUCCUCUAUCAGCGGGCUUAUCCAUACAGUCGAGAGAUUUUUCAGUCAGGAUAGUUCAUCCUGGUGGAAGAGAGGAGCUGUAUCAAUAUGCCCUUCCUGCAUCCCACUUAAUGGAAAAAUAUCCUGGAAUGUGCGUUGCUCGUCCUGGAGUUUUCAAAAAUCCCCAGGAGUCUCUGUUAUGGCCAGAUGAAAAUUUAUUGCCAGGUCACAGAUAUCUUUUAAUUCCAUCCACUACUGCUCGGAAAUUGACUCUUAAACACAUGGGAAGGGUAAAAGUGAAAGGAUUUGCUGAAAGUAAAGAUGAGAUAAUUGAUGCGAAUAUCACUUGGGAUGAGAGCGAAGACAUUUCCGAGGAAUCUGUAGGUUCUGCGAAAGAAUUCUAUGCUUCCAAGGAUAGGCGGCCAAGAUACAAAGUGAAGAGGUCUUACCGUGUAUCAGUGUGGGAACCCAGCUUGACUUCUGUACAAGAAGUUUCUCCAUGACUUGGUUAUCAACCAGAUGUCUUGUACAACAUGUAUUCUGGUAUGUGGACCGGUCCUUCUAAGCAGUUCUUUUUCCUCCCUUUCCGUUAGAGUUUUGAAGCAUUUAUCAUUGUUUGUUGGUUUUGUGACAUGUCUGCUACAGAAACUUUACCACGAUAACCGAGUUUGUAUAGAAAUAUUAUUAUUCCACUCAUGAGCUGGAGGAUCCUUCUUCUGUUUGUACUGGAACUGUUUCUUCCAUUUUCUAAAACUUGCAGAAUGUUCAAUAUUUACCUUGGUUGAAUCAAGCAUCAAGAACUUUGUAUUCUGGCUGCGAGUAUAACCAUUAAUUUUGUGAUUUGUUUCAAGAGAGAAUCCUGCUAUGCUUCCUGGACCUUGAUUCGCAUGCUGAUGUAAAAUAAUCUUUCAUAGUGUUCUUA